AAAAAUGAACUCGCGGAUCUCCCGGCGCGCGUAAUUUCCUCGUUACAGCUUCGUUAUGCGCUCGCCCGCAUUACACUUUACAACGCUGCCCGCUGUACACUGUGCAGUCUGGUCAGCCAGGCAGCCUCCGGCGCGAAAAUUCCGCAAUGCCAAGGGGAAGUUUCGCGUGCGGCCGGACGAUAAUGCGCAUCGCUCGGGGACGAUGAUUUAACGCUUUAACAGCGGAUUGUCGCGACCGCGGAGACCGCAAAGGGUUACGAGCGGUCGGCCGAGCCCUUCGAGCGGCCCACCUCCCCCGCGCCGGUCCAGCUUCGUCGUCGUCGUCGGUUGCUAAUUAUUUAUGUUGCCCGAUCUUCGCACCCCUGCCUGCCCGACGUUAAUUGAAUUCGCGUUCGUCCGGCGGGGGUGACUGUCCCCGGUAAUUUCGCCGGUGCGCAGCUGUCGCCGGCACUGGUGGAAAGUCGACGAGUGCUCGUUCAACCCUUUCGCUCUUGGCGCAAAUCCGCCGCAAUUUUACGAGUUUCAUUGCGAAAAGUGUGAUACUUAGUUCUAUGCUCGAUGAAAAAGUAAAAAUAUUUAUUAUGUUUUUUUUAACCCUAAACGAUACGCCAACUUUGAUCGAGUAAAUACCUGGAAUUUAAUUUGCGCGCGAAUUAGUUUCUAUAAAGACUAACGCUACUCGUAAAUUGAAAUCUUAAAAAUUUGAGAGGAUGAAAAAUCAAGUGUAUCCAGAUACAUUUUCCUAUUUGCAUAAUUGGUCGGUCUCUCUCUCUCUUUCUCUCUCUCUCACAGUAUUUUUUAUAUUACAGAUAAAUCUACGCCUCAUCCUCGUCAGUGGCAAGACAAAAGAGUUCCUAUUCAGUCCAAGCGAUUCCGCGGGCGAUAUAGCGCACCAUGUGUUUGAAAAUUGGCCGGAAGACUGGGCAGAGGAGGCGGUCGCCAAGGCGGAGAUCCUGCGGCUAAUCUACCAGGGUCGUUUCCUGCACAGCAAUGUCACGCUCGGUGCUCUUGGGCUUCCCUUUGGAAAAACCACGGUGAUGCAUCUGGUGCCGCGGGAGAAUCUUCCGGAGCCUAAUUCUCAAGAUCAGAGACAAAAAAGUAAAGGCGGCGGGAGCAGUUGCUGCUCGGCGUCCUGCUGCAUACUCUAAGUCGUCCCCCGGCGGCCGUCGCCGACGUCGAUGGUGGAUCUCGUGGCGGAUGGGCAUGCGGCAUGGGCGAGCUCGGGCUCACCCGCAGCGCGCUGAGCCAUGGUUUCUAAGAUUUCUGUGCUGAUGUACGACCGCUAGUGGCUGAGCUCGUGAGCAGCGUGGCAAGGGGGAGAUGGCGAGAGAAGAAGGAAGAAAAACGGACCGUCUCGCUCGCGCGACACACGUCGACGACCAUCGGAGGAGGAGCGGCGCGACGAUGCGUUUCCCGGUGAACGAGUCCCCCACGUCGUCGGGCCGAUCGCUUAUUUCGGUUCGUUUGGCGGGCGGCAAUGCGUGCGGCGAUCGAUACGCGCCCGCGAGGGAGACCCGCUCGAGAGGACGAGCGGCUCGUCGUCGGCACGACGAUCACCCUGCCGAGGAGGAGAGAUCUCCGGCCGAGUCGCGCCGGACAGGGCGAUUAACUUGGACUAACGACGUUACUUCGGACGCUACGGCUCUUGUUGUGAUAUAACCGAUGGACCGAGAAGGAUUUGAUCAGCCGGUAGAAUUUCGUUUGCAUCUCGAAUCACGCGUGGACCGAUUAGCACUAUUUUCCCUGUCCCUCCCCAACCCGGCGACCGCGGCGUCGUCGCGAUGCCGUAAAGGAUCAUGUGAGAAGAAACAAUGGGAUCGUGUUCGUUAAAUUAGUUAGUUGACUCGACGGAAAUUUCGGUUGGCCGCACAGAGUUAACUGAAUGAUCAAUUUUAUUAAUCGCUCUGUUUAACUUCGCGUGGCGAUGACUUCUUCGUUUCUACGGCGUUUACAUCGUUAGACUGUAAAUGAGAUAAUCGUAAAUGUAGUUAGCAGCCUUAAUUAAAUUUUACUUAGGGAUUCCUUGUCCUUUCCCUAGAUUACAUACAGCUCUAGCUAUAAUAUCGGCGAAGAAAGAGGACGAUCGUAAAUUUAGUUAACAGUCUUUAACUAAAUUUUCGUCGGCGAUGCCCCCGUCUUUUCCCCGCAUUACGACCGUAAUAAUUGUAAUUGCCGCAGGAGGGAGUAGACGUUAUCCGCAAGAUCGGCUGGCGUCUGUUAUUUUCCGUUGACACCCUCCGGUUAACUUAAGUUCCGAUCGCUCGACUUGGCCGCAAUCAGUUUAAUUCAAUUCCGCUAUUCUGUCUCGCGAAAGGAGGCUGGAAUCGCAGAAUUCCGGGCAACCGUGUCUGUUAACUUGGACUGUCGUUCAGUUAACCGCGGUCAGAGCGCCCGCUCGGCCCCCGAGGACCGAGGGGGGGGGCGGACAAUCGCGCGUUCCGCUUCGUCCCCGCGUAGGGAACUCGUGUGCACGCACGGCAAGACGGAAUAGAGAAUUUCCAAAGGGACGGAACACACCGGGGUGGCGAGAGGCUACGUUCUGCUCUGAGCGUUGCAUCCUGAGACGCGCCCUGGAACGGCGCUACGAUGCUUAGAAACUCAACCACUAUCACAGUACCGCAGCGUUAUAAUAAUUCUGUAGACGGGAUUGUGUGCAUGCUUGCGUAAAUUGAGUGUAUCGCGUUCGAGUGAGAAAGAGGCAGAGGGAGCGAAUGGGUGAGAGCGAAAGGGAGGGAGAGAGAGAGAGUGUCAAAGAGAGAAUUAAAUUUAUGUUGUGAUAUGCAGGUAGCGAUUAUAUAUGUUAUAUAUAAAAAAUAUAUAUAUACAUGUAUAUACAGGGUGUUCCUAGUUACUCGCGCAUUCGGUCGAUAAUACUUAACGCGUUUGGUGGUUGAGGAGAAUCGCGCGUGAGAAAAUCUCAUGGCGGCGGCGGUCCUCGGGCGAGAGGCGGACGUUGCCGCUCCACGGCCACGCUCGGCAUGUGAUGUCGACGGGCACGUUAAGACUGACAAGGGACACACGGUGUAUCCGCCGGACUGGAGGUAUUUUUUUUUUAAGCGCUCACACACGGUAUCGGCCGUUCGCGCGGUGUUUGUCGUCGAAAGCGCGACCGACCAGGGACCCCCUGUAUAUACAGGAUGUUGAGAAAGAAGGACGCGAGGGAUCCGUGGAUACGUUCCUCGCGAACUCGGCGGUCCGGGUCCUUUUCUCGCGAGUCAACUCGACGCGGGCUGCUCUGAACCGUUUUACGCGCGCCGCCUUCGAAACGCCUCGAUUAUCGGCCGACAAAUCGCGUUCCACUAGCGCGCGUAAACUCCGUUGAAUGAAAAUGGAACGGACAAACGCGACGAAUUGUAAAUUGGAGCGGUACGUUGAUUCUAGCGCGACUGUGAAUUUGGGAUCAACUGCCGAAAGCUAUCGGCGCGCGCCGAGGUCGGUGUGUAUUCAAAAUGAUGGAAACAUUCAAAAUGAUCUCAAACGAGGAUUUAUUGUAAUCUCGUUGUUUGACCGUUUCACUUUGCGUUUGCGUUCCGUGGGAAAGCUUCACCUGGCGUAUUCGAAGCUUGUCGGAGGACGAAACGGAGAGAGAGAGAGAGCUCGACGUCGGAAGGUAACUUGGGGAAACGAUCGGACGUCGAGUCGGAUGAGGAACGCGUUCGCGUACGACACAACACUCGUAUUCUUCUCUCUCGACAGACUGUAUAUACGUACUAUUAUCGAAGUCGCGUGUGCACGCCGACACGCGCGUCUCGCGUCCCGCGUCUCGGCGCGCACGAGUGCGACGGUAUGAGGCACGUUGACGCGCAGUUGAGCUCUCAUACCACAUAGAUGACUUUAUUAUCAUGAAUUUAAAAUGAAGUAAUAUUAUAUGACGUCACUUUGAGAGUUUAGUAUUCCGGAGUAUAAGAUUAUCAGAGUGUGGAGAGAGAGAGAGAAACAGAGAGAGAGAGAGAGAGAGAGAGAGAGAGAGAGAAGAGAGAAGACAUUGGAUCUCUAAUGAGUAGUUAUGAUUAAAUGAAAACUCAAAUAUAUUUCCUGUU